GAAGAACGAAAAGAGCGACAUAGACAAAAAGAACUAGAAGAACGAAGAUCAAAGAUUUAGUUCACUAGUUCAGUUAAAAGACCCGGUCAAUUGAACAAGUUCAGAACGAAACGACCCAACUCUAAUUAGCAGCACUUCUCGAUGAAGAAAACAGAAGAAAAAGAUGGGUUCACGAAAUAAAUUUGAGAAGAGAAGAAGAUGGUGAAUUUUCCAGCCUGAUGCCCCAACUGCGUAACCACGAGGAAAGAUUUUAUAAAUAUUUCCGCAUGCUCCCUGAAUGCUUUGAUGAAAUACUAAAUUUAAUAAGGACUGAUAUUACAAAGCAACACACAAAUUGGAGGGAGCCAAUAUCUGCAGAAGAGCGGUUAAUGAUAGCCUUAAGCUUGGUUUGCAUAUUGUUUAAAAGGAUGUCGAUUUACAUAAUUUGCUUAACAACAAGUGGAGGUCUACCAGUGUUUACUCGCAAAAAAGGGGACUGCGAUAAUUUGCCCUUUUCUACUGUGGCUUCACUAAAUGGUUUUCAUAUGUUCUUCAAAUCACUGGGUAUAACCCUGCAAGUAACAUAUUCUGAGGAUUGGACUUAUGUUUGGCGAGAUUUCCACAAUGCUGUCACGUUGAUAGUUUGUGCCCGUUCAAUGUCUGAAGCGGUCCUGCAGUCACUAGCCGACGUAGUGUUUGGUGCAAUUGCACUAUUUGUUAAUUAUAAGGAGCUUGUUGAUUUAACUUUGUUGGAUCGGAUGAAGAAGGAGGCAAGAAAUUAUGUGCCAUUAGUAGAUGCGGCAUUAGAAGCGUGCACAACGCGCAUAUUAGGAUUUACCGACUGUAUACUAUCAACGGAAAAUCAACAAUUGGCGCAGCGACUAAACGAUUUUAGUGACCUUUGCGGUUCGCUUUUCUGCUGCCUUGUCGUUGGAAAUAACGUAGCAGUGGGUACAGAAGGCUGGUGGGAUUUGGAUCCAAUAGAUCGUGAAUUACUUUUAUUAUUACUAAAUUCGUCGAGUACUAUACAGAAUGAUGUCCCUGUGUAUUUACCAAAACGAGAUUCAACGUUGGCAUAUCGUUUCGUAAGUAUUCCUUUAGCGCCAAGUAGUAUCAUUUGUGUUAUAUGUGGAGCAGGUCCGAGUUUUCGCGAUUUGCGGACUAUGUCACAGGAUGUGUUUGGCGAAAGUCAAUUGCAGAACGUGGAGCGAUGUAUGCCACGCAGUUUACCAGAGCAAUUAGAUAUCGAUCAGUGUGUUCUGUCUAUUAUAGUUGCUAAUACAAACGCAAAAAAAUGUGUUUUUUCUCGUAAUUUAAACCAAAAUUCAGGAGGAAAAAGAGUAUUAGGGGGCGGCCUUUUGCGUGUAGAUUUAAUAAAAAAGAUCUUUGAUCAAACUCUGCAAUAUAACAAAGUACUAAAUGAAGACUGUAAAAUUGUACAACUGCGAACGCGACAUAUGGAGCCACUGGAUCAGUAUUGGUGUUUGGAUUACCAUAAAUGUUAUGCUCAUUAUGAUCAGCAUGGAAAUACUAUUUUCAUCCUCUUUAUAUCAUCUAUACCAACACCUGCAAUGAGGUAUUAGUUUUUAUAACGAAUUUCCACGUGUACUCAAUACUCGCACGUAAGGGUAUUCCACAAUAGAGAAAGUCUGCCUAUGCAGAACUGUCACAGUUACUUCAAUGUUUAAAGUAGAAAAAAUAAAUAUUAAAAAAAGGUCUUCGUUGGAUUCUUGUUGACAACUAUCGGCGUUGUUUACAACUAGGUCGGUUUCUGUCCGGACUCGACCCCAAUAUUCCCAAUGAGUUUCCGUUAUGUGGAGAUUCCCCGCACAACACCAACCACCUGUUCGCAUGCCAGCAAUCCCACUCAACUAAAACCCCUCUCCCUUUGGUUUGGCCCUAUUGAAAUUGCCCGUUUUCAGGGCCUACCGUAAGUUGAGCUUCGCGACAAUGAUUGAAGGAUGAACCAAAAUACGCAGGGUUAAGUAGUGCCGC